GCAGAAAGUAGAGACAGAAAGAGCACCAGAAGAACAGAAAGCGUUGAAAGGAAAGAAAGGACAACAGAAAGCAGAGACAGAAAAAGAGCCAGAACGACAGGACGCAGCGAAAGGAAAGAAUAAAUGGCAGAAAGUAGAGGAAAGAGAGAAAAGACUGCAGGCGGAGCAACAGACAUGCCCACCAGAACAGGCCCCUCAGAGCAAAGGGCAGUCUCUAACAGACCAGUCAAUACAAAGCGGAGGGCUCCUGAACCCGAGUGAGGAACAACCAAUUGGGAUUGUGCCUAGUCACGUGACACCCACCUGGUGGAUCGUGUGCAGUAGGGGCGAGCAGGUGCCUAUUGACACCAGGGGCGCAUGGGUUGACGGUUACGGUAACGUGACGAUAGACGAACCGUCCUCAGAAGAGGAUAACGUGUCUGCUGCCCGGUACAGCAUUAUGUACAGUGAGGAUGUAGAAAGAGUCACGGUAGACGCCAGCUGUCAGACCGAUGAGGUCACGGAAGAGGAGGGAAGAGAAAAGAAGGGACCCGAUGACGACGAUGAGGACAACGAUGAGGAAGGUGGUGGCGACCAUGCGGCGAAACGUGAUGACGACGACAGUAGUAAUAAUACGACAGACGCGAGCCCACGCCCGGGAAAUAGUUCCACGCGAGGCGGCAGUCACAUGACCGACAUGAAAACAGAUGUCAAAGGAACUGCUAAGCACAGAGACGAUGGAGGUGGGAAAAGUUGCGACAAAAGAGAUGAUGAUGAUGAUGAUGAUGACAAUGAUGAAGUGACAGAUAACACAGCGAGUGACGAUAAGUAUGACGAGCCAGUCAGUGCUGCAAAUAUUCUUAGUUGUGAAGUGACAAACACUGGCGCAGAUACAUCUUCCGCCGAAGCAACAGCUGCUUUCCCAAAUAGACCCUCUCAUGAUGCAGUCAGUGGUGGGACCAACACGGAAGAGGGCGCCACAGCAAAUAAUGAAGCCGGUCAGGCGGCUUGUGCCAGAUCAAAGCUUCUUCUGGUGGUCAAUGGGUUGACAUAUGAGAAGGUGCUGACGAAGGGGGCAACGGAGGGGGUGGCAUCCAGCAGGGAGGGGGCAGCAUCCAGGGAGGGGGCUGCCAGCCUAUCGAGCGUCCAGUCCUCCUUAACCAACCGGCCCUGUGGCCCUGAGGGGUGCUCAGGUUAUUGUGGUCGGAAGUGUGUCUUCCGGCCACCGACAGAGUCAGGGAGACGCCCUUCACGAGCGCGACAUCAUCGAGAAGUCAGAGAACACAAGAAAAGGGGCGUGUCAAAGACGCAGACUGGGGAAGACAGCCCUGCCCAUGUUAACCAAAUUGCCUCUGGUGGACAUACCUGUGACGAACAGCCUCCCGCCCCGCCCCCUCGAACUUCUAGCCUAUGUGUCGAGUCACAAGCAAGCAGUGGCCGAUGGCGGCGCUGUGGUCACCGACACAACGACAGGACACAGGCAGCGGACACUACCGGUCGCGCUGACCCUCGAGAGGGGGCGGGGCGGAGGGUGGGGCGAAGGGUUGGGCGAAGGGCGGGGCGAAGGACUGCGCAGCGUGUCACUCUUAGUGAUGGUAGCUUCAAUACAAGUCCAGCUGACGCUUCAAACAAUGAGAUCACGACACCCUCUCAUGAAGUCUGUCCGGAACGUGAGUUUGGUAUGGGUAACACGAGAGUGCCCCCUCACGACCCCCAUCUUAACGAGCGUGAGUUCUCAGCGGAUGCCAGACCGGUUGCACAACCUUGUUGCCACAAUAACCAAUCGAGUGGGAACCCCAGCGGUGACAUCACUAUGUUGCGUGACACGGAACAGGUACUUCGAGUGUUCGUCGAUCUACUGUAUGUGAAGACAUGCACGAUGUGGGCUCUCGAGCAGAUGAAUUCUCAUGGUCAGAGUGGACAGGCGGAGGAGGGCAGGACUGACCAGUUGUCUACGCACGGAAGCGCUCCUAGCACAGCCCACGCUUCUGGUGACUCGGGUACACUCGGUGCUCCACCAGAACGAGACACUACACGCGUGCCUGUAUCCGCUGGUGACGGGAGGGAUAAAGUGAACCGCGAGACAGCGAGUGGCACCGCGUCACGACAUACAGCUACGCCAGCCGAUCCGGGACCCGAGGGCCAGAUGUCACAAAAGAAUAGCCAAGUGAAUAACUGCACUCAAACCCAGGCCGCUACGGAACAGUGCCAGAGCAGUGACACACAAGGCCCAAAGGAGCAAGGUGAUAAGAUCCGAAGCAUCAACGCAAGGUUUGAAGACGUAAGGGGAGUUGACAAAGAGCCACGUCGAAGCGGACCAAUAGUUUCUAAAGGUCAGGGUGAGCCCAUGUCCGGCUCUCGUCUCUCUACACUGGACGUGGCAGAUCCAACUGAUGAUCAGCAACACUUUGAGGGAGAGCGGAGUGGAGGGGAUAAAAAAGAUGAGGGGGAAGAUGACAGGGACGAUGAAAAAGAGGAAGAGGAGGAUGACGCUAAAGACUCGGACACAGACAAUGAUGGCGAUGACGACAGCGAUUAUGAUGCCACUGAAGAGGACCGAAAUAAAGACAGAGAUGAUGAUGGGGAUCCAGACGGAGGAGAAGGCAGAGAUGAUCCUGGUGAGGAUGAUGAUGAUGAUGACGGUCAUGGUGCAGACGGGGAGAGAGAGACAAACCGAGAGACAGAAAAAGAUAGUUCAGGGGAUCCAGGAAACGGAGAGUCCAAAAGUAAUAACUGUCAGGACGAUGAUGUGCACGCUGGCGAUGUGGUUGAGGUAUGUGAAGAUGUUCCCGUCACAGUCCACUUGGACUCCGAUAAUGAGAAAGUUGAAGUUAAGGCAAACAUCAACAAGAGAAAAGAUAAGGUUAGAACGGAUGGUGCUGACAGCAAAGAUGAGAUUAAUACAGAUGAUGCAGACAAAGAAUCUGAGGUUGAGGCUUACACAAGCGUUGGAGACCAGAGAGAUGAGGAGAAUACGGCUAUUUCAGACACAAAAGAUGACUUGAUCCUGUCCACGUCAUGUCGUAACGCGCGGGAUCCUACGGACACUGUGACGUCAUGCGACAGUGGGUCAGCCCGGAGUGUGGAUGACACACCCAGGAUAUUCAACACCCAAAACGGAGUCCCAGUCGCGGGAGUGACGUCAUGCAAUGUCAAGGAUUUUGAUGGCCGUUACAUCACGUUUCGGAGAGAAUCCGGCGGUCAACAGGGCGAGAACAGACCAGUUUCACAAGGCAGCCGAGGCGCGUGUCCCCGUCCAAGUUUCCUUCCUAUUUAUCAAAGUACCUCUACUUUUACCACAACCCGCUCUCCCACCAGCCCCCACUCUCCCACAAUUCCCUAUUCUCCGACCUGCCCCUGUUCCCCCAUUCCCAUCAACCGUUCUUCCACCAUCCGUUCCCCGCCCACCGCCCGUUCUCAUACACCGCCACCUUUUAACACAACCCCACCUUCUCCAAAUUCCCCAAUUUUGCCAAACUCCCCAAUUUCUUCCACUACCUCUUCCCCAAAACCUUCUUCUCCCACCGAACCUCUUUUUCCCACCAAACUUCUUUCUCCCACUGAACCUCUUUCUCCCAUCAAACCUCUUUCUCCCACCAAACCCCGUUCUCCCACCAAAACGCGUUCUCCCACCAAACCUCGUUCUCCCACCAAAACGCGUUCUCCCACCAAAACGCGUUCUCCCACCAAACCUCGUUCUCCCACCAAAACGCGUUCUCCCACCAAAACGCGUUCUCCCACCAAACCCCGUUCUCCCACCACCCGGUCUCCAACCAAACUAACUUCAACCACCAAAUCCCGUCCUCUCACCAAACCCCCUUCUCCCACAAACCCACGGUCUUCUGCCAAACCCCUUCCCUCCCCCAAACCCCUUACAAACCCCAGGGCUUCCACCAAACCCCCUCCUCCCCCAAAACCCGUUCUUCCACCCAAACCCUAUUUUCUCAACAAACACUGUCCUCAAACCACUAGCCGCCCUGCUGUAAAGACCCAUUCUCCCACCAAACGCCUUUCUCCCACCAAACCCCUUUCUCCCACCAAACCCCGUUCUCCCACUAAAGCCUGUUCUCCCACCAAACCCCCUUCUUCCACCAAACCCCCUUCGCCCACCAAACCUUGUUCUCCCACCACCCGUUUUCCAACCAAACCCCGUUCUCCCGCCAAACCAAUUUUUCCAACCAAACCCAGUUCUCCCACCUCCCGUUCUCCCACUGUCCGUUCUCCCACCAAACCCCCUUCUUCCACCAAACCCCCUUCGCCCACCAAACCUUGUUCUCCCACCACCUGUUUUCCAACCAAACCUCGUUCUCCCACCAAACCCCGUUCUCCCGCCAAACCCAUUUUUUCAACCAAAUCCCGUUUUCCCACCAAACCCCGUUCUCCCACCAAACCCAUUUCUCCUACCAAACCCAUUUCUCCCUCCAAACCCCGUUUUCCCACCAAACCCCGUUUUCCCACCAAACCCCGUUCUCCCACCAAACCCCGUUCUCCCACCAAACCCCGUUCUCCCACCAAACCCCGUUCUCCCACUGUCCGUUCUCCCACCAAACUUCUUUCUCCCACCAAACCCCGGUUUUCCACCAAACCCCGUUUUCCGACCAAACCACGUUCUCCACCCAUCCCCAGUUCUCCGCACACUUCCUGCCUGCCUGCGUGUACCCCACCCACACAACCUUCCCCACCCUCCCAACCCUCUCCAUCCACACAACCCUAUCCACUCUCCGCCAGCCCUACAACUGAAAGCCACGCAACACAGAGCUCUACAACCAAGACAACAAAACGAGUGAGGUUCACGCUGCCGUUCCCCACACCCUCCCCUCUUCUUCCAAAUCCUCCCACGCCAGUGUCUUUUAUGCAACGCCCCCUUGCUGCCCUCUCCAGCCCCACUGUGGCCUCUUCCCCGCACUCCAGUGGUACCAAUCAAAGAGAUAUACCACUGGCUCCGUCUAGUACCAAUCAAGGAAAUAGACCAAACACCUCACCUGGCACACCUGAAGGAAACAUACUUCAGGUAGAACCUAGCGCCAACCAAGGAAAUGUACCCCAUGUGCAACCUAGUACCCACCAAGGAAAUAGCACUCAAGUACAACCUAGUGCCAACCAAGGAAAUGAACCUCAGGUGGAGCUUAGUACCAACCAAGGAAAUGCAUCUCAGGUGUCAGCUGUUCCCAACCAAGGAAAUGUAUCUCCGGUGUCAGCUGUUCCUAAUCAAGGAAACGUGCCCCUGGUGCAACCUAGUAUCAACCAAGAAAAUAAACCAAAGGAGCCACUUAGUACUAAUGAGGGAAAUAGACUACAGGUUCCAUCUGCAGUCAACCAGGAAAAUGUACCACAGGUGUCACGUGGUACCUAUCCAAAAGACAGACCACAGACCUCACAUGAUAUCAAUCAAGGAAAUGUAUCUCAGGUGUCAUCACCUACCAAUCAAGGAAGUGUAUCUCAGGUGUCAUCUAUUACCAAUCAAGGAAAUGUACCCCAGGUGCAACCUAGUGCCACCCAAGGAAAUAACCCUCAGGUGCAACCAGAUACCAAAGAAGGAAAUUUACCAAAAGAGCCACCCGGUACUAAUCAGGGAAAUAGACAACAGGUUGCACCAGGUACCAGUCAAGAGAAAAUACAACAGGUGUCACGAGGUACCAAUCCAAAAGACAGAACGCAGACCUCACAUGAUACCACUCAAGGAAAUGUAUCUCUGGAGUCGUCUAUUACCAAUCCUGGAAAAGUAACCCAGGAGCACCCUAAUACCAACCAAGGAAAUAAACUUCAGGUGCAACCAGAUACCAACCAAGGAAAUGUAUCUCAGGUGUCAGCUGUUCCUAAUCAAGGAAAUGUUUCUCAGGUGUCGUCUGUUCCUUAUCAAGGAAAUGUACCCAGGUUGCAACCUAGUACCAACCAAGGAAAUAGGCAACAGGUGCCACCAGGUAUUAAUCAAAAAGACAAACCAGAGUCUUCACCUGGUACUGAUCAAGGAAAUAUACCACACGUGUCGCCAGGGUUCAGCCAAGGAAAUGUACCACAGGUGUCACGUGGUACCAAUCCAAAAGACAGACCGCAGACCUCACAUGAUACCACUCAAGGAAAUUUAUCUCGGGUGUCAUCUGUUCCAAAUCAAGGAAAUGUACCCCAGGUGUCAUCUGUUCCAAAUCAAGGAAAUGUACCCCAGGUGUCAUCUGUUCCAAAUCAAGGAAAUGUACCCCAGGUGUCAUCUGUUCCAAAUCAAGGAAAUGUACCCCAGGUGUCAUCUGUUCCAAAUCAAGGAAAUGUACCCCAGGUGUCAUCUGUUCCAAAUCAAGGAAAUGUACCCCUGGUGCAACCAAGUGCCAACCAAGGAAAAAAACCUCAGGGGCAGCUUAGUACCAACCAAGGAAAUGUAUCUCAGGUGUCGUCAGUUUUUAAUCAAGGAAAUGUACCCAGGGUGCAACCUAGUAACAGCCAAGGAAAGAAACCAAAGGAACCACCUGGUACUAAUGAGGGAAAUAGACAACAGGCUCCAUCUGCAGUCCAUCCGGAAAAUUGGCAACAGGUGCCACCUGGUGUCAAUCAAAAAGACAAACCAAAGUCCUCACCUGGUACCGAUCAAGGAAAUAAACCACAAGUGCCUCCGGGAUUCAUCCAGGGAAAUGUACCACAUUGGGUGUCAUCCAAAUUCAUCCAGGGAAAUGUACCACAGGUGUCACGUGGUACCAAUCCAAAAGACAGACCGCUGACCUCACAUGAUAUCAAUCAAGGAAAUGUAUCUCAGGUGUCAUCUGUUCCCAACCAAGGAAAUGUGUCUCAGGUGUCAUCACCUACCAACCAAGGAAAUGUAUCUCAGGUGUCAUCACCUACCAACCAAGGAAAUGUAUCUCAGGUGUCAUCACCUACCAGUCAAGGAAAUGUAUCUCAGGUGUCAUCACCUACCAGUCAUGGAAAUGUAUCUCAUGUGUCAUCUGUUCCCAACCAAGGAAAUGUAUCUCAGGUGUCAUCACCUACCUGUCAAGAACAUGUAUCUCAGGUGUCAUCUGUUACUAAUCAAGGAAAUGUAUCUCAGGUGUCAUCACCUACCAGUCAAGGAAAUGUAUCUCAGGUGUCAUCACCUACCAACCAAGGAAAUGUAUCUCAGGUGUCAUCACCUACCAGUCAAGGAAAUGUAUCUCAGGUGUCAUCUGUUACUAAUCAAGGAAAUGUAUCUCAGGUGUCAUCACCUACCAGUCAAGGAAAUGUAUCUCAGGUGUCAUCACCUACCAGUCAAGGAAAUGUAUCUCAGGUGUCAUCACCUACCAGUCAAGGAAAUGUAUCUCAGGUGUCAUCACCUACCAGUCAAGGAAAUGUUUCUCAGGUGCCAUCACCUACCAGUCAAGGAAAUGUUUCUCAGGUGCCAUCUGUUCCAAAUCAAGGAAAUGUACCUAAGGUGCAACCUUGUACCAACCAAGGAAAUAAAUCAAAGGAACCACCUGGUACUAAUGAGGGAAAUAGGCAACAGGUUCCAUCUGCAGUCAACCAGGAAAAUAAGCAACAGGUGCCCCCAGGUAUCAUUCAAAAAGACAAACCAGAGUCCUCACCUGGUACGGAUCAAGGAAAUAUACCACAAGGGCCGCCCGGUACCAAUCAAGGGAAAAGACCACAAUUGCCGCCAUGGUUCAGCCCCGGAAAUAUACCACAGGUGUCAUCUACAUUCAGCCAGGAAUAUGUACCGCAGGUGUCACGUGGUACCGAUCUAGAAGACAUACCGCAGAUCUCACAUGAUAUCAAUCAAGGAAAUGUACCCCAGGUGUCAUCACCAACAAAUCAAGGAAAUCUUUCUCAGGUGUCGUCUGCUAUCAGUCAAAGAAAUGUAUCUCAGGUGUCAUCUGCUACCAGUCAAGGAAAUGUAUCUCAGGUUUCAUCUGUUACUAAUCAAGGAAAUGUAUCUCAUGUGACAUCUGUUACCAACCAAGGAAAUGUAUCUCAGGUGUCAUCUGCUACCAGUCAAGGAAAUGCAUCUCAGGUGUCAUCUGCUACCAGUCAAGGAAAAGUAUCUCAGUUGUCAUCUGUUACCAGUCAAGGAAAAGUAUCUCAGGUGUCAUCUGUUACCAGUCAAGGAAAAGUAUCUCAGGUGUCAUCUGUUACCAAUCAAGGAAAUCUUUCUCAGGUGUCAUCUGCUACCAGUCAAGGAAAUGUAUCUCAGGUGUCAUCUGCUAGCAGUCAAGGAAAUGUAUCUCAGGUGUCAUCUGCUACCAGUCAAGGAAAUGUACCACGGGUAUCACCUAAUGAAAAUCCAAGAAAUAGACUACAAACUCCACCUGGUAUGAACUUCACAAACAGACCACGUACUCCUCGUAUGGACCAAAGAAAUAAUCUGCAGGCUCCUCGACGUAUGGACCGAAAUGAUACACCACAAGCUCGAUUUAAUGCGAACAAGUCAAAUAGACCACAGGUGCCACCAGGAUUUAGCCAGGGAAAUAGACCACAUUGGCCACAAGGUAUGGGUCAAAGAAAUAGAUCACGCAUGCCGUCAGGCGCCAGUCAAAGAAAUAGACCACAGUUGCAGCCUGGAUUCAAUCAGGGAAAUAUACCACAGUUUCCAUUUUCAUUCAAUCAGGGAAAUAGACCACAGAUGCCUUCAACAUUCAACCAGGGAAAUGUACCGCCAUUCCUACCUGCUAUGUUGUUUGGAAAUAGACCAGGGGCUCCACCGGAAUUUAUUGGAAACAAUGCAGCUAUACUAUAUGGUACUAAUCACGGUAAUCAACAAAUCCUUCACCCUAGGGAGCAAAACAACAUACCUCAUGACCCACCUUCUGUGGACCACGAACGUAGAUCACGAGGCCCACGAUUCAGAAACCCGGCCACUUUUACAGAAGGCCCUCCUGGGUUUUUCGCAGAUCACCAUCUCCCGGCAGUACGGCCACUUUCACAAGUUUUUGUCCCAGUCGAUAACGGACAAUUCGUGGUUCCAUUGGAGAGUUUACCUCAUCUGCCAGGAGCACUUUCUCAAGAUAAUGUCUUCCAAGCCUACCCCAGUGGCUGUCAAUCAGCUCCCAUGACAGCUUUGAAUGUUUCGAUUCCCCCACCAAACGUUCCCCCGCCAACAGUGUUUGCGUACAACCCUUCCGACCCUGGAUAUAUUCCAAUUUCUCAUGCUGCUGAGGGGCCAGGGGGUGAGCAUGCUGGUGUGCUGCUACAAGGGAACCCCCCGAGUCUACAGACUGACUCAUUUUCUCAGAACAACGCCCACGCUUUAGCCGUGUCCAUCCCAGAUGACCGCCCCUCGACACCGCCAAAGGACUUUAUGUCUGAAAGUGGUCAGAGGACGGCUCAGCACGGCGCGCCACCCAUGUUAUCUGCCCCCUUGGACAGUCACCCACACAGGCAGCAUUUGUCUCCGCAAGCUGCAACGACCCAGACACAGCAGCAAGUGUCUGAAGAACACUCGUCUGUGACAGACAUUCCCGCGUCUGAGGAUGUCACAGGUGUCAGCUCAUCGUCCCAGGUCAGCUUAGCCUAUGCGGACGCGCACACAAUCCAAUCUCAGGGAGUACACUCAGUCCAUCCUCAAGAAGUGCAAACCGUUGGGUUAGAGAUCACGAGAACCGCCGUUCAGCCCCAAAGACAGGAAAUGGUCAGGUCUGAAGAAGCGCAGUACAGUGAAUCAGUGAGCACGGGUACUGUUCAAUCCCAAAGAGAGGAAAUGAUUAUGUCUCAAGGAGCACAUAAUGUUCAACAGUCUCAGAAACAAACAGAGCAGUCACAAAAGUGGAUAAGAAUACCCGUAAUGGAAAUCUUCACAUCCCACGUUGAUGAAACAACCCACGAGGGAGCCACAAGUACUACCAGUAUCGUAACCGAGCAAGAUUCGGCUGGUCAAGAGAAAAAGUACAGACAUCCUGAAACAUUCACAGAAUGCCCAACAUCUGCUUCCAGGACGAUGCCGACACAAGCAAAGCAAGAAGACCUUUUCUGGAGUUGUUCAUCUUUCCCAGUGUCCCAGGAACUGCCAUUGCUCACCCCGGAGGAGGAGGUGAUGAUGGUUGAUUCCUCUGUCCUGUUUGCCUCACGUCCCGAGGCCCGGCGUCAUGCUGCAGACGGAGACCCUGGAGCCCGUGGCCGAGUCGGGGAGGAGGAGGAGAGUCGAGAGGUGGAGGAGAGAGGAGAGGAGGAGAGUCGAGAGGUGGAGGAGAGAGGAGAGGAGGAGAGUCGAGAGGUGGAGGAGAGAGGAGAGGAGGAGGAGAGUGCGGAGGAGGAGGAGCAGGAGGAGGGGGAGGAGGAGGUGCAGGAGCAGGAGGUGGUGGUAAGUGGCGGCGAGUCGCUCAAGCAGUUGAAUGUCCAGAACUUGGUGGUCAAGUUGGUUCAGAUGGGGUUCAAGGCUGCCCGGGGAGAGACCGUUAACCUAGACGAACUAGUUGACUUGAUAAGGCCCCAGUUUGGACCGCAUGCUACAGAGGACAUAGACGUUAGAGCGUGGCUGAGAAACUUGGAUCCCAGUGGCGAAUGUUCUGGAGCCACUGGGGGGUCGUACAGUGAACCUGGCGUCGUCACGAAGAGACCACAUAGAGGAAGUGCUGGUGUCACCGAGGCAUCAAGUCGUGGUGGUGCUGACGCCACGGUUCCCACCGCGCAGUCUGAAGUCGGAGAUAGCCGUGACAGACAUGAGUCAAUAGAUAGACUUUCGUCGCCGGGCGGGUCCGUCUAUGAUGAUGACUGGCUUGACAGACAAGCAGUUGGGCCGUCUUUGUGCUGGGCCGAACAAGUCAUUGCGGAAAUCCCCAGCGACGACUCAGAUCCGCAGGAGAUCAUCAAGAUUUGUCAGCGGAGGUUGUUACGGGAACAAACGCCAGAUGACGGGUUUGAGAAAAAUACCAGUAUUGAAGAAACAUUUGGAGAAACAUCCGAUCCAGCUGAGCAAUUUUCUCCAAACACAUCUCACCCACGGCCAUUUAACAUGGCUGGUCUCGGGCCAGCAGACUCGGCAAACCCUGUCUUACCUAACCCCAGUACACUCGAAAAGAAGCCAUAUUACACGGGCGACACUGAGCAAAAUGAGGAGCCAUCUCAAACGGCUGAAAUUGAGCCACCUUACAUGUAUGAUAAUGAACCACCCAACACAAACGACAAUGAAACAACCUACACGGCCGGUACUGAACACAAUGAGCCUUCUUACCCGACAGACAAUGAACGCAUUGAGUCAUCUUACUCGACAGACAAUGAACGCAUUGAGUCAUCUUACCCGACAGACAAUGAACGCAUUGAGUCAUCUUACCCGACAGACAAUGAACGCAUUGAGUCAUCUUACACGGCAGAUAAUGAACACAUUGAGCCAUCUUACCCGGCUGAUAAUGAACACAUUGAGCCAUCUUACCCGGCUGAUAAUGAACACAUUGAGCCAUCUUACACGGCUGAUGGUGGGCCAUCUUACACAGCUGACAAUGAACACAAUAAGUCAUCUUACAAGGCUGAUAGUAAAUCAUCCUAUACAGCUGACAAUGAACGCCAUGAGUCAUCUUGCCCAGCUGAUAAUGAAUAUAAUAAACCAUCUGAAACAGCUGAUAAUGAGCAUAAUGAGUCAUCUUACCCAGCUCAAGAGGAACACAAUCAACCAUCUUACACAGCUGACAAUCUGCACAAUGAGCCUACUAACCCGGCUGACACUGGACCAUCACACAUAGCUGACAAUGUACACAGUGUGUCAUCUUACACCGUUGUCUCGAGCGAGGCUGAAGUAAUUGGCCCGAGGUCGACGUGUAGCACAGCGGUCCCUAUACAAUAUUCUACUGCUGAACCAACGGUAUACUACACAUCUAGCUUCAGCGCAAAUGACACACCUGGCCCUAGUGUAUAUUACACAGCGGACUCUGUGUCAUAUAACACAACUCUCCCAGUUGUGCCUUACUCAGAGGGCCCUCCUGUAUAUUUCACAGAUGACCCCAAUACAUAUUUUACAGCUGUCCCCAAUACAUACGAGUACCAUCCAGCUUACCCAGGCAUUUAUUACACAGAUGACCCCAAUACAUCUCAGCCAACUGUCCCCGGCAUAUAUUGCACAGCUGAUCCCAAUACACUUCACCCAGCUGCCCUCAAUACAUCUCAGCCAGCUGUCCUCACUACACAUCAGCCAACAGUCCCCGGCAUAUAUUACACAGCUGAUCCCAGUACACUUCACUCAGCUGCCCUCAAUACAUCUCAUCCAGCUCUCCUCAAUACACAUCACCCAGUUGUCCUCAAUACAUCCCAGCCAGCUGUCCUCAAUACACCUCACCCAGCUGUCCUCAAUACACCUCACCCAGUUGUCCUCAAUACAUCCCAGCCAGCUCUCUUCAAUACACCUCACCCAGUUGUCCUCAAUACAUCCCAGCCAGCUCUCCUCAAUAUACCUCAGCCAGCUGUCCUCAAUACAUCUCAGCCAGCAGCCCUCAAUACAUCUCAGCCAGCUGUCCCCAGCAUAUAUUACACAAGUGACCCCAAAACACCCCACCCAGCUGCCCACAAUACAUCUCAGCCGGCGGUCCUCAAUACAUCUCAGCCAGUUGUCCUCAAUACACCUCACCCAGUUGUCCUCAAUACAUCCCAGCCAGCGGUCUUCAAUACACCUCAGCCAGUUGUCCUCACUACACAUCAGCCAUCUGUCCCCAGCAUAUAUUACACAGGUGACCCCAAUACACCCCACCCAGCUGCCCUCAGUAAAUCUCAGCCAAAUGCCCUCACUGCUCAUCAGCCAGCUGUCCACACUACACAUCAGCCAGCUGUCCCUAAUAUAGCUAUAACACAUGUCCCCGUAUCAACAUCUUCCACGUCUGGCCCUAGGGUGCGUUUCGCCAGUAAUUCUGUGUCAGAAACCACUGCUGAUUCCCGGCCAUCGGACACAGCUGACCCCAAGUCAUCGAGCACAGCUAACACUAGUAUGUCGCACAGGACUGUCCAUAGGUCAUCUUCCAGACCUAAGGCCAAGGGCUUUCAACGCGAUCCAAGAAGAGCCAGAUCGGUUGCGGCACAACCAUUUUCCGGGACACGUAGAGAUGUUGCUUCAGAAGAAAAUGUCACCUUCGCCUCCGUAAUGAGGCCUCAGUGGUCAACGUGUGAUUGGCCUGAGCUUCCUCAGCACGUAGAGGCUCGGAGGCAGGAGUGGCUCGACAAGAUGAACGCUGUCAAACCGCCGCCUAUAUCUGAGAAACGCUUGACUAUCGAGAAGACUCGAGACGCUGUUGAUUCUUCAGAAAGACAACUGGGUCUUUUAAAUCCUCCUGUAGGGCAUGCAGCCAUAGUCAGCGUGGAGUUGGAGCAAGCAAUUGAAAGUAGUAAUCGCCCAAGGCAAGAGAUGCAAACGGGAAAUUCUUCUAGGAGGAGUCGCAGUUCACGCAGACCAGCAAGAAAUCGAGGACAAUCCCUGGUCCAACACAGGGAGCUGAUACCUGCAGGUGACAGAAGCAGGAGGAGAAUUCCCGACACGACAUUCUCCCCCGUAGUCCUUCACGACACAGCCGAGACGAAAAACAAGGAAGUGAAAUCGGGAGAACACCGAGACAGCCCGGCUGAAAAGAAAGAGGAACGUCAUGAGGUUACGGCAAGGAAAAAAGCAAAACAUCAUGAGGCCACCGCUGAAAAGAAGGGAGAAUAUCAGGACGCCACGGCCAAAAAGGAACACCCUGUCGUCAAGGCAAAGAAGAAUGAACUUGAUGUCACGGCUGAAAAGAAGGGAGAAUAUCAUAACGUUAAGACAAAGGAGGAGGAACAUUCCGAAGUCAUGGCUAAAAAGAAGGAACCUGAAGUCACGGCAGAAAAGAAGGAUCUUGAAGUUACGGCAGAAAAGAAAGGAGAAUAUCAUGACGUUAAGGAAAAGAAGAAAGAGCAUCCUGACGUCAAGGAAAAGAAGAAAGAGCAUUCUGACGUCAAGGGUAAAAAGACGGAACAUCAUGAUGUCAAGGCCACGGCUGAAAAGAAGGGAGAAUAUCAUGACGUCAAGGCUAAAAAGGAACACCCUGACGCCAAGGCUAAAAAGGAACACCCUGACGCCAAGGCUAAAAAGAAGGAACAUCAUGAUGUCGUUGCUGAAAGGAAGGGAGAAUAUCAUGACAUUAAGGCAAAGAAGGAACCUCUUGACGUCAAGGCUAAAAAGAAUCAACCUGAUGUUAUGGCCGAAAGCAAGGGAGAAUAUCAUGAUGUCAAGAAUAAAAGGAGGGAACAUCAUGACGUCAAAGCUAAAAAGAAGGAACGUUAUGAUGACACUGCUGAAAAGAAAAAAGUGGGUGAAAGGAGAGAUAACGAAAAUAUUCAGUCAGUUAGUCUUGAUAUCACACCAGAGAGGGAAGAUAAGACAGUUAAUCCUACUGGUCACUGUGACGUAACAGUUAAAAAGGAAGUUACUCAAAUCAACCCUGUUGGCGAAAAUGACUUCCCGAUUACUUUUUCUGAUAAUGAUCAGGCAGAGGGGGAUGCUGGCCGUUCGAGUAACGACUCGAGGGAGGAAGGUACUGACGAGGCAGCGGAGAGAGAAACGGAGGGUGUGCGAAGAAAGAAGAAGAAUCGGAAGCGUAGUGGGAGGAAGCAAACCAAUCAAUCGGAAGAAUCCUGUCCCAAGCCUUCAGAUGACCCUGAGAUCUCUCACCCAGAGCCGAGCAAAAAGCAGAGAAGGAGAAAGCCCAGAAAAGCCCCAACUACGUGCCCGCACACUAGCAGCGUUUUCAUCUCGCGAAAAAAGAACAAAGGCAAGAACGGGUCGGUCGAGGGCGAAGACCUUGAUGAGCUGCUGCGGGAGUUUCAGGCGCUUGACCAGCCCCAGGUCACGUGCCUCAAGUGUGAGGCUGCAAAGACAUCUGGAGGUCUGGCUGGACAACCGGGACAGACAUCCACACAGUUGGAGGGAGCUCAAAACAACCCCAGCUACCCUGGACUGCCCAGUUGUCCGGACGCCCUGCAGGACGGAGCGAGUGGUCAGACAUGUGACUCGGACAACCCUUUGGAGCCGGGCGAAAUCAGGAGAAAUUCUUCUGGUGCAGUGUCCAGAGCGUCGCCGGAAGCGGUUUUGACGCAGCCGGGUGUGCCCAGGUCGUCACAAGCUCAAGAGGGUGCCUUAAAGACAGACAGCCAGGAAGAUGUGAUCAAGACAGAAAGCCAGGCGAGUGAGACCCCCUCAGUCUACGAAGGCUCUAAACUCUUCUAUCAAUGGCGAACACCAGGCGCACCUGCACCCAGAUCAGCGUCCGCCUCAACUGCCGCGAGAGCUGGCGAGACCUCGACAACCGAGGACCAUGAGCUGCACAGCGGGCCACGUUCACGUCAUGUGGAGCCUCAGCUGCCUGUCGCCACGACAACAGAUAAGAUAGCGCAGAGGGGUGACACGGGGAGUGGUGGUGGCGGCGGCAUGGGUAGAGGUAGUAUGGGUAACAUGGCCAGUGGUGGUGACAAAGAUUAUAUAGGCGAUGGUGACAUGGGGGGCAGGGGUAACCAUGGUAACAUAGACAGGGAUAACCCGGGUGAUGAUAAUCUGGGUGAUGGUGACCUGGGUAAUUAUAACAUGGGCAGAGGUAAUCUGGGCAAGGUUAAAAUAGGCAGAGGUAAACUGGGCAGAGGUAACCUUGGCCGGGGUAACGUGGGUGUUGGGGACAUUGGUAAUAUGGGCAGGAGUGACAUGGGUGAUGAUGACAUGGGUUAUAUGGGCAGAGGUAACCUGGGUGAUGGUAAUAUGGGCAGGGAUAACAUGGGCACUGGUAACAUGGAUGAUGGUAAUAUGAGCAGGGAUAACAUGGGCACUGGUAACAUGGGUGAUGGUAAUAUGGGCAGGGGUAUCAUGGGUGAUAACAUGGGCACUAGUAAUAUGGGCAGUGGUGACAUGGGUAAUAGGGGCACGGGUGACCUGGAUGAGUCGUCGGACAGCGAUGAGAGCCAGGAGGACGAUCGUGCUCCCAGAAGGACAGGGGCUCACGGUACAGACUGCCCCCAGUGUCAGGGCACCAACUGCCUGCCUGAUGGGCGGCCCUGCGACAACGACAAGAGCAAUGAGGUCCCUACUCACGACGGCUACUACUCCAGCGGCCUGGAGACCAUCUGGUCCGGCACGUCUGACCCCGAGGACGAGGAGGAGGUUGGCCUGGGACGACUAGACUAUGUUGGCCUCUUGCAUUACCACAUUUACAAAUCAAAGGUGGCCGACCGUCCUCCAGUACCCAAGGUAGCCGGCAUUCCGUCUCCGAGGCUCAAGCCAAGGGAACUGCGGUUCCACAUCGAACCAGAAACCCAAACAUUGAGAGAGGAUGCUUCACGUGAUGGGAAGUCCGGAAGGACUAAUAAAAAAUGUAAGUCACGUGACGUGCAGUCGGGAGGGACUGGUGAAAAUGUCGUGUCACGAGACGUGCAGUCGGGAGGGAUUGAUAAAAAUAUAUCACGUGACGUGCAGUCGGGAAGUACUGGUGAAAAUCUCGUGUCACGUGACGUGCGAUCGGGAGAGGAGAAUAUAGGACUAGCACAGACGACAAGCAAACCACACGGAACUCGAAAGAAUACGACCAGAGAUUCCAGACGUGAGCUCACGACGUCGUCGGCUGAAAAAGGUCGUGUGGAAUCCUUUGACCGCGCCAGUGCCGAGCUGGGCUGCGCUCCAUCACAGUCACAGGGAAUAGAUCUGGAGGGCACGACGAACAUUGCUAGAGCCAUCGAGGAAGCAAUUAGGGGUUACACCCUUUCAGAUGUGAACAGCAGCUUCGUGAAGCUUGACCGCGCCCUCUUCGCAAUCAAAUACACCCUAGCCUCUCUUGAAGACGCCCUUUUACUUGUGAACUCCAAUAGCCUAAAUUUUAAACUCAAACCGUCCGAUUUUGAAGGCCCCCUUAACUCAAUUGAAAAUUCCCUCUGGUCUAUUAAGAUCGGACUCUUUAGUAUUGACGACAAACUCUCAGCUCUUGAGAAGUCAGCUGAGUCAAAAGAGGAGACGGUGCCGGAGAGGAAAAAUAGGAAGCAAAAAGACGGAGAAACGGGAGUAUCGAGCGGGCAGGCCGUGACAGGCAGAGACCCGACGAACACGAGUGAUCCACUGACCACAUGUGACCCACCGAUUUCUAGUGGCCCAUCGACUUCUAGUGAUCCUCCGACUUCUAGUGAUCCUCCGACUUCUAGUGAUCCUCCGACUUCUAGUGAUCCUCCGACUUCUAGUGAUCCUCCGACUUCUAGUGAUCCUCCGACUUCUAGUGAUCCUCCGACUUCUAGUGACCCGCCCUCACAGACCUCCACUAGUGACGCAACAACCACUAGUGACUCACUGGCUACUAAUGACCCUACAGCCACGAGUGACCCAACUACCUCUUGUGACCCAACUACUACCAGUGACCCACUGACCUCCAGUCACUCAUCGACCUCUUGUGACUCCUCAAAUACCAGCAACUCACUAACAACAAGUGACCCAACUACCACUAGUGACCCAACUACCACUAGUGACCCAACUACCACUAAUGACCCAACUACCACUAAUGACCCAACUACCACUAAUGACCCAACUACCACUAAUGACCCAGCUACCACUAGUGACUCAGCUACCACUAAUGACUCAGCUACCACUAAUGACCCAAUUACCACUAAUGACCCAAUUACCACUAAUGACCCAAUUACCACUAAUAACCCAAUUACCACUUGUGAUCCAACUACUACCAGUGACCCACUGACCUCUAGUGAUCCAUCGACCACUUGUGACUCAUCAAAUACCAGCAACUCACCAACCACCAGUGCUUCAACAACAAGUGACUCACCGACAACCUCUGACCAAACUACCACUAAUGACCCAAUUACCACUAGUGACUCAACUACCACUAAUGACCCAAUUACCACUAGUGACUCAACUACCACUAAUGACCCAAUUACCACUAGUGACUCAACUACCACUAGUGACCCAACUACCACUAGUGACCCAACUACCACAAGUAAUCCAACUACCACAAGUGACCCAACUACCACAAGUGACCCAACUACCACAAGUGACCCAACUACCACAAGUGACCCAACUACCACAAGUGACCCAACUACCACUAGUGACUUAUUGACCACAAGUGGCUCGCCGAUCUCCAGUCACCCACCAACUUCCAGUGACCCAUCAACCUCAAGUCACUCUCCGACCUGUAGUGACCAAACCACCGCCAGUGACCCAACCACCACUUAUAAAUUGCCGACGACUAGUGGCCCAACUACAAGUGACCUAACUGCCACUAGUGCUCAACCAACCACCGUUGAACCACAGACCUCUAGUCACCCACUGAAAUAUAGUGACUCAACUACAUCUAUUGACUCAAUAACCACCGGUGAACCAAUAACCACUGGUCACUCACCCACCUCAAGAGACCAAGCAACCACCGGUGACCCAACGACCACCACUGACCCAGUGACCUUCAGUGACCCAGCAAAUAUCAGAAACUUGGCAACGACCAAUGACACAGCGACCACCACUGACCCAGUGACCUUGAGUGACCCAGCAAAUAUCAGAAACUUGACAGUGACCACCUCUGAUCCAGCGACCACCAGUGACCCUGCUACUAUUGGUGACCCAACGGACACCUCUGACCCAACGGUCCCCAGUGACCAAGAGACUGUCGGUGACAUCAAGCCCAUUAGUAACCUACCUGCCACUAGUGACCCAGCGACCACUUGUGACCCAGAGACUACAAGUGACCAAAGGACAUCCAGUGAUCAACCGACCACUAAGGACACACUGGUCACCGGAGACCCAGCGACUAAAAGUGACCCAGAGACCAGUAGUAAGGUAGACACUACUGGUGACCAAGUGACAACUGAUGACCCGGUAACCACUCGUGAUUCAUCGACCACUAGUGACCCAACAACCACUAAUGACUCGGCAGCAACUAGUGACCAAACUACCGCUAGUGAGUCACCUAUCUCUAGUCACCCACUGAUUACUAGUGGCUCAACUCCAAGUGACCCAACUACAUCAAGUGAUCCAAGUGACCCAAGUACCUCUACUACACCAAGUGACCCAAGUACCUCUACUACACCAAGUGACCCAAGUGACCCAACCACCACAAGUAACUCACCCACCACAAGUCACUCACCCACCACAACAGACCAAGCAACCACCGGUGACCCAACGACCACCACUGACCCAGUGAUCAUCAGUAACUUAGAAAAUAUCAGAAACUCGGCAACGACCAAUGACACAGCGACCACCACUGAUCCAGGGACCACCAGUGACCCUGCUACUAUUGGUGACCCAACAGAUACCUCUGACCCAACUGACACCUCUGACCCAAUAGUCACCUCUGACGCAACGGUCGCCAGUGACCAAGCCACUUUUGACAACAUCGAGCUCAUUAGUAACCUAUCUGCCACUAGUGACCCAGAGUCUACAAUUGACCAAAAGACACCCAGUGAUUCCUCGACUACCGGUGACUCAACAACCUCGAGUGACCCAAAAACCACUAAUGAAUCACCAACAGAUAGAGACCCAACUACCACUAGUGAAUUGACGACCUCAAGCCUUCCACUGAUUACUAGUGACCCAACUACAUCUAGUGACCCAACUACAUAUAGUGACCCAACUACAUCUAGUGACCCAACUACAUCUAGUGACCCAACUAUGUCUAGUGACCCAACUGCCACAAGUCAUCCAACCACCACUAGAGACCAAACAACCACCGAUGACCCAGUGACCACUGGCAACUCAGAAACCACCGAUGAACCAGUGACCACCACUGGCCCUGCUACUACUAAGAACCCUUCGAUCUCUGCUGACUCACCGACCUCUAAUGGUUCAGUGACCACCAGUGACACAGUUACUGCUGGAGACCCGACAGACACUUCUGACCCAACUGUCGCCAGUGACCAAGCGACUGUCGACGACAUGGGGGCCAUUAGUAACCUACCUGCCACUAGUGACCCAGCGACCACAAUUGACCAAAAGACACCCAGUGAUCCACCGACCACUAAGGGCACAUUGAACACCGAAAACCCAGUGACUAUUAGUGACCCAAUGGCCAAAGGUGACCCAUAUACCACUGGUGACCCAUUGACAGCUGAUGACCCAGUAACCACUAGUGACUCAUCGACCACUAAUGAAUCACCAACAACUAGAGACCCAACUACCACUAGUGAAUCACCGAUUUCUAGUCACCCACUGACUACUAAUGACCCAACUACAUCUGGUGACCCAACCACACCUAGUGACUCAUCUAGCACCAGUCAUCCAACCACUAGUAGAGAUCAAGCAACCACAGAUGACCCAGUGACCACUGGCGACUCAGAAACCACCGAUGAACCAGUGACCACCACUGGCCCAACCACUACCACUGGCCCAGCCACUGCUAUUGACCCCUCGAUCUCUGCUGACUCACCGACCUCUUGUGACCCAACAACCACAAACGACUCACCAAGCACCACAAGUGAUCCAACUCCCACUAAUGACUCGCCAACAACAAGUGACCAAACAACUACUUGUGAAUCACCGACCUCUAGUCGCCCCCUGACUACUGGUGACCCAACUACAUCUGGUGACCCAACUACAUCUGGUGACCCAACUACAUCUAGUGACCCAACUACAUCUGGUAACCCAACUAUGUCUAGUGACUCAUCUGCCACCAGUCAUCCAACCACUAGUAGAGACCAAACAACCACAGAUGACCCAGUGACCACUGGCGACUUAGAUACCACAGAUGAACCAGUGACCACCACUGGCCCUGCUACUUCUAAUGACCCUUCGAUCUCUGCUGACUCACCGACCUCUAUUGGUUCAGGGACCACCAGUGACUCAGUUACUGCUGGUGAUCCAAAGAACACUUCUGACCCAACGACCGCCAAUGACCUAGCGACUGUCGGCGACAUCGAGCCCAUUAGUAACCUACCUGCUACUAGUGACCCAACGUCUACAAUUGACCAAAAGACACCCAGUGAUCCACUGACCACUAAGGACACAUUGGCCACCGGAGACCCAGCGACUAUGAGUGACCCAGAGACCAGUAGUAAGGUAGGCUCUACUGGAGACCCAGUGACAACUGAUAACCCAGUAACAACUAGUGAUUCAUCGACUGCCAGUGACUCAUUGACCACUAGUGACUCACCAACCUUUGGUGACCCAACUACCACUGGGGAAUUACCGAUCUCUAGUCACCCACUGACUACUAAUGACCCAACUGCAUCUGGUGACCCAACUACAUCUAGUGACCCAGGUGACCCAAGUGACCUAACUACAUCUAGUGAACCAACUACAUCUGGUGACCCAAUUACCACUAGAGGCCAAGCAACCGAUGACCCAGUGGCCACCAGUGACCCAACUGCUACUGAUGACCCUUCGAUCUCUGCUGACUCACCGACCUGUAGUGACUCAACUACCACAAAUGACUCGCCAACAACUAGCGACCAAACUACCACUAGUGAAUCACAGACAUCUAAUCACCCACCUACUACUAGUGACCCAACUACAUCUUGUGACUCAACUACCACAAGUUAUCCAACAACCUCUACAAGAGACCAAGCGACCACCCAUGACGCAGUGACAACUGAUGACCCACCAACCACUAGUGACCCUACCAAAACUAGUGACCAAAAAACGACUACUAACUCACUCAUCGCUAGUGACCCAACGACUGCCACUGACCCAGUGACCACUGGUGACCAAGAAACUACUCAUGGCUCAGCGACCACCGCUCACCCAGCCACCACCAGUCACCCAUCAACUGUCAGCGACAUAGAGCCCAUUAGUAUCCUACCUACCACUAAUGACCCAAUGACAACCACAAGUGACCCAUCGACAACAACUGACCCAUCGACAACUGACCCAGUGACAACAAGUGACCAAAAAACAUCCAGCGAUCCACCGACCACUAAGGACAUACUGUCCACCGGAGACUCAGUUACUAUUAGUGACCCAGAGACCAGUAGUAACGUACGCACUACUGGUGACCCAAUUGCCAAAGGUGACCCACAUACCACUGGUUACCAAGUUACAGCUGAUGACCCACCAAUCACUUGUGACCGUGACCCAACCAAAACUAGUGAUCUAAAAACUACAAGUGACUCACAGACCACUGGUGACCAAGAGACUACUCAUGGCUCAGCGACCACCGCUCACCCAGCAACCAUCAAUGACCCAUCAACUGUCGACGACAUAGAGCCUAUUAGUACCCUACCUACCACUGAUAAUCCAACGACCACUGGUGACCCAACGACAACCAAAGACCCAGCCUAUAUAAGUGGCCAAAGGACACUCAGUGAUCCACCGACCACUAAGGACACACUGGUCACCGGAGACCCUGCGGCUAUAAGUGACCCAGAGACCAGUAGUAACGUACAUACCACUUGUGACACAGUGACAACUGACGACCCACUAACCACUAGUGAUUCAUCGACUACCAGUGACUCAACAAACUCUAGUGACCCAACAACCACUAGUGAAUCACCGAUCUCUAGUGAAUCACCGAUCUCUAGUCACCCAUUGACUACCAGUGACCCAACUACAUCACGUGACCCAACUACAUCUGGUGACUCAACUACCAAAGGUCAUCCAACCACCACUACAGACCAAGAAACCGCCACUGGCCCAGCCACUACCGAUGACCCUUCGGUCUCUGCUGACUCACCGACCUGUAGUGACCCAACUACCACUAAUGACUCGCCAACAACUAGCGACCAAACUACCACUAGCGACCAAACUACCACUAGCAACCAAACUACCACUAGUGACUCACCGACCUGUAGUGACCCAACUACCACUAAUGACUCGCCAACAACUAGCGACCAAACUACCACUAGCGACCAAACUACCACUAGCAACCAAACUACCACUAGUGACUCACCGACCUGUAGUGACCCAACUACCACUAAUGACUCGCCAACAACUAGCGACCAAACUACCACUAGCGACCAAACUACCACUAGCAACCAAACUACCACUAGUGACUCACCGACCUGUAGUGACCCAACUACCGCUAAUGACUCGCCUACAACUAGCGACCAAACUACCACUAGUGAAUCACCGACAUCUAAUCAACCACCUACUACUAGUGACCCAACUACAUCUUGUGACUCAACAACCACAAGUUAUCCAACAACCUUCUCAAGAGACCAAGCGACCACCCAUGACGCAGUGACAACUGAUGACCCACCAACCACUAGUGACCCAACCAAAACUAGUGACCUAAAAACUACUAGUGACUCACCAGCCGCUUGUGAACCAACGACUGCCACUAACUCAGUGACCACUGGUGACCAAGAAACCAUUCAUGGCUCAGCGACCACCGCUCACCCAGCAACCACCAGUGACCCAUCAACCACCGGUGACCCAUCAACUGUCGACGACCUAGAGUCCAUUGGUAACCUGCCUACCACCGGUUACCCGAUGACCACCGCUGACCCAGUUACUGCUGGUGACCCAAAGAACACUUCUAAUCCGAAGGUCGCCAGAGACCCAUCAACUGUCGGCGACAUAGAGCCCAAUAGUAACCUACCUGCCACUGGUGACCCAACGACAACCACUGACCCAGCGUCUACAAGUGACCAAAAGACGUCCAGUGACCCAUCGACCACGAAUGACUCGCCGACCUCUAGUCUCCCACUGACUACUAGUGACCCAACUGCCACAAGUCACACAACCAACACUAGAGACCAAGUGACCACCGAUGACCUAGUGAUCACUGAUGACUCAGAGACCAUAGAAGACCCUGCCACUACAAGUGACCAAAAGACACCCAAUGAUCCACCGACCACAAAGGUCACACUGUCUACCGGGGACUCAGCUACUAUUAGUGAACCAGAGACCAGUAGUAACGUACACACGACCGGUGACCUAAUGGCCAAAGGUGACCAACAUACCACUGGUGACCCACUGACAACUAAUGACUCACCAAUCACUAAUGACCGAGACCCAACCAAAACUAGUGACCUAAAAACAACUAGUGACUCACCGUCCACUAGUAACUCACCAACCGCUAAUGACCCACCAACCGCUUGUGACUCAGUGACCAGUGGUGACCAAGAGACCACUCAUGGCUCCGCGAUCACUACUCACCAAGAAACCACCAGGGACCCAUCAACUGUCGGCAACAUAGAGCCCAUUAGUAUCCUACCUGCCACUGGUGACCCAACGACCACUAGCGACGCACCGACAACCACUAGUGACCCGCCGACAACCAUUGACCCAGCGUCUACAAGUGACCGAAAGACAUCCAGUUAUCCAUCGAUUAGUGAGGACACACUGUCCACCGGAGACCCAGCGACUAUUAAUGAACCAGAGACCAGUAGUAACGUACACACGACCGGUGACCUAAUGGCCAAAGGUGACCCACAUACCACUGGUGACCCACUGACAACUAAUGACUCACCAACCACUAAUGACCGAGACCCAACCAAAACUAGUGACCUAAAAACUACUAGUGACUCACCGUCCACUAGUAACUCACCAAUCGCUAAUGACCCACCAACCGCUUGUGACUCAGUGACCAGUGGUGACCAAGAGACCACUCAUGGCUCCGCGACCACUGCUCACCAAGAAACCACCAGGGACCCAUCAACUGUCGGCAACAUAGAGCACAUUAGUACCCUACCUACCACUGGUUACCCAACGACAACCCCUGAUCCAGUUACUGCUGGUGACCCAAAGAACACCUCUGACCCAACGGUCGCCAGUGAACCACCAACUGUCGACGACAUAGAGCCCAUUAGUAACCUACCUGCCACUGGUGACCCACCGACAACCACUGACCCAGCGUCUACAAGUGACCAAAAGACAGCCAGAGAACCACUGACCACCAGUGACCCAGCGAAAACUAGUGACCCAACGACCACCAGUAACCAAGUGACCAUUACUGACCCAACGACCACCAGUGACCAGGUGACUAUUACUGACUCAGAUGACCCCACGACCACCGAUGACCCAGUCACCACUGGUAACCCAGUGACUAGAAAUAGUAACCCACCUGCCACAAGUGACCUGCUCACGCAGUCAGGCAAUGCAGGAGGCGCGGACUUUGUGUCGUUCUCGGACCCAGUAUUUGAGAUAUCAAUGGAGAGGCAUGAUGACCACCACACUGACCCUCAGCUGGACAGAAGUGACCACGCCGACAGUCCAGCGGCCCCCGCUUCUCUCAUCACUGUCAUCUAUACCGAAUCCAGCACUGUCAUCAGUAUAGCCCCCGACACUGUCACCGAUGCUGCUACCAGGAAUGUGAUCGAUACCGAUUCCAACAUUGUCACCAAUGCUGCUAACAGGAAUGUCAUCGAUACCGAUUCCAACACAGUCACCGAUGCUGCCACAAGUACUGUCUUCGAUAUCACCCCCAACACGACCCCCAGCACUGUCAUCGAUACCGCUCCCAGAAGUGUUAUCGACUCGGCCCCACACAAUGUCGUCGAUGCUAUUUCCAGCGCUGCCCAUGGUAUCGCCCUCACUGCCCACUCUAUUGCCUCCACCACGCCCACCGCCACCCCCGACAAUACCCUCACCACAGUCGCCGACACCGACACCACCCUCACCACAGUCGCCGACACCGACACCAUCCUCACCACCGAGACCGACACCACCCUCACCCCCGAGACCGACACAACCCUCACUAUCACCCCCGACACAUCCCCCGACACAUCCCCGGUUCCCGACAACACCCACGACGCCGGCACCACUUCCGGUCUCGCCCCCACUGCAAUCGACACCGACACCACCCUCACCACCCUCACCACCCUCACCACCAACCCCGAUACAGCCAUCCACACCGCCCCAACUUUCUCUGGCCCCACCCCCGACACCACCUCCAGCUCUGCCCACACCGCCCUUGACACCCCCGCCACCCCCGCCACCGCCCCCGACACCACCCUCGCCUCGGCCUCCGGCCCCGCCCCCACCGCCUCCGCCUCAGCCUCCGGCCCCGCCCCCACCGCCUCCGCCUCAGCCCCCGCCCUCACCGACCAAGAGCUCCGCCUGGUCAUGGCCACCAGCAGACGUCGCGGCACGACUCGACUUCACCGGAACCUGACGGCUUGCUGCCACUGCCACGCCAGGGUCAAGGCCCCGCUCCGCUGCUCACAGUGCCACAUGGCCACCUACUGCGACAGACAGUGCCAGGGGCUGCACUGGAGGCAUCACAAGCUACAGUGUCGUCACAUAAAGCUCUUCGAGCACGCCAAGUCCCUGAUUAAUGACAACAUCCUCGACCUGAUACAUCUCUCGCACAUGCCUCUCGUCACAAAGUUCAUCCGCUGUCCCGAGCACUACCUGGUUCAAUUUUAUGGAGUGAGGCGGACUCUGAUGGUGGAAAUAACCGAGACGCGUUUUGAGGAUCCAUGCUGGACUCGCCUCAAAGCGAAGGACUCGAGCGGAGAGAUAGUGAACUUGGAGUCGACUGAGCUGGAGUUGGACGCCAACUACCUGGGCUCGUGCUCCCUGGGCCGACCCUGGCCCUACACUCUGAAGGUCGGCAACUUCCUCCUCAUCUUCCAGGCCGCCUGGUCCAGGAUGACUGACAAGAAAUAUGGCUUCCGGAUAGAAGAAGGCAGACCCUUCUAUGUCAUCGACAUGUGGCACGAGGAGUGGGGCCAGAUUCUGAGAGAGAAGGAGCAGGAAAGACGGAAGCGGGCACGGAGGAGGAGAGAUGAUCCACCUAAGACGGUGGAAAGGGAAAAAACAGAUUUGCAAGAGCAUAUGCGAAGAGUGUUGAGAUUCGGGGCUGACAUGCACGCAAUGACAGUGUGGUUUAGGGAGCAGGAACUGAAGAAUUCGAGGAAUAUUACCAGGGAGUCAUACAGUCAAGAGCUGGCGACCAGGAUGAGGAGUAUGGAGAGAGAGAAUAUGGCUAUGAAAAUGGAGAAGCAAAGGGUACUCGAAUAUGGGGAGAGGAUGCAGAAACAAGUGGAGAAUAGAGAGGAGGAGGAGAGGCCAGAGGAGGAGAGGCAAGAUGACGAGAGGGUAGAGGAGGCAAGGGCAGCGGAGGCAAGGGUAGAGGAGGCAAGGGCAGAGGGAGAGCAGAGGAGUAAGAAAGAGGAGAAGGCAGACAAAAGAAAGAAGAAGAGGAAGAAGAGAGGUCGGCAUUGAGUCGUUUAACUUUGUGUACAAUGUCUUUCAAGGUCAUUUACUAUGUAACGAAUCGUGCAAGUUUAUGAACAAUGUCUACAUUGAGCCCUGUACGUUUGUGUAUCUUUCCUUUGUGUGAUUGGGUCGCCUAUUGCGAGUUUUAGAAACAGAUUUUAUUCCAUGUAUAUGAAAACUAUGAAAACGUUGUAUGCGAAACAAAGUAUUUUUAAUUGUAAUCAAAGUUUUGUUCCCACAUGGAUGUGGGGCAGUCUGUUUUUUCCUCGGCGUCAUAAAGACUGGAUGACCACCAGACUUUUAUUUUUAAUAAAUAUUUGUGUAAAUAUAAA